UGCGUGCCAGGACUCCCAAGCAUGGUGUACAAAGCCAUGUCAGGAAACCUCACAGUGUUGGAUGCCUCUUGCGCCGUUGGUUGUCGAGUUGACCAUAACCUGUAAAGCAAUGACCGCUGCAACCUCUCCCCCUGUCAACCUCGAUGUCGGUGAGGACCAAAAUGGCACUCGGCAACGAAAAAAGCGCUUUUUGGAAAGACAGGCGACAAGGAAAAGUCCCUCAGUUUUCGAGCGAUUUGGAAUCCGUGAAUAUGGAAUGGUUCUCCGGAGCCCACUACGUCGAUCUGGGCAAUGAAGAACCUUG